GGCGAACAUGACCAGACAAAAAACGAAGGCAGCGAACAAGUUAUCGAUGUGGCAGCAGUUUGCUAUCAUGAAGACUUCGCCCUGCGUCAUCUGCGCCAUGAUGUUGCAGUACUAACAUUGGCAAAACCAGUGACAUUGAGUGAACAAGUAAGCACCGUUUGUUUGCCUCGGAGUGGACAGCAAGUGGCUACGGGAACAAAGUGUUAUAUAACUGGUAAGUCCGUGAGAAGCAAUAAUAAUAUUAAGCCUCACUCAAACGGGAAUAUGUUGGUUUAACUCAGUUCGUCAGACAUUAUCAGUUGCAUGCAUGGCAAUCUUGUUCCCAGCUAGAGUCCGCGUUACCGGCCCUUGUCUAUCGGAACCCACUUCCCGUUCUGCUGCACUAUGGACACUAUAAUGUAACUCGGACUCUGGAAGUGAGUUUGGUGGGAUGGAACACGUGUAAUCCGUUUAAACACCUCUCUUGGAUGUUUUGUUAGGUAAUGUUUCCUAUAAAUAAAUUGGAAGUCAAACUUUCAUUUAACAUUUCCUUUGUUUUCGAGAGCAAAUGAACACGUUGCCAUAUGUUGGCCAAGGUCUGAUUAGCUUCGCAACAUGUCCGAUGCGUGUAUACGCAAACAUUAUUCGUUAGUAUAAUAGAAAAAAGCUAUAUGUUAACCCCUCCUUCCAUACGACUAUGUUUAUUUUUCGAAGCAAGAUAUAGUAACAUCAAAGUAUUUCGAUGAUUCGACGCACUGACGUCAUCUAUACAAUCCACAGGCUGGGGAAGACUUAUCGGCGGCGGCAGCCCGGCGACCAUUCUCCAGCAGGCUGCCAUGCCUGUGGUAGAUCACCAGACCUGUGCAAAUGCUAACAAAAACUUAGCAACUGUAGACCAGGAGAGUAUGGUGUGCGCAGGAUACGCUACAGCAGGCAAUGUGAUCAGCGGCUGCCAGGGUGACAGCGGAGGACCAUUCGUUUGCGAAGAAAAUGGACGUUUCGUUCUGCAUGGAGCCGUGAGCUGGGGGCACCCUAAUUGCGAAGCAGAGAAAACCUACACUGUGUUCGCUAGUGUUAGUUCUCAUGUGGAUUGGAUCAAGCACAAAAUGGCAAUUGGAGGUUAA